GAGACGGCGAAACGAGCGCUAUUAUUCCAAAGGCCCUUUCGCGUUCAUUUCGUCGGAGGACACGACAAUAGCAUAAGCGUAUGCUUUGCUUAGACGACAAAACCGAACAGAGUAGAAAUUUCGUGAUAACGCCUUUUGCCUGUGGACAUUAUGGGUGCUUUUCUGUGCGGCUCCGAACUGAAAUGGUAAAGGUGUAGGCUACGUCUUCCUCAUUGGACCGUCUAUAUGUUGACAGAAAAGCACAACUUAAAGUGAAGUUGAUAUGGUUAUAGUCACCGUCAUUUCGGCUCCUUUCAGUUAAAGCAUCGAGUCCGGACUCCUGGGUGCAGUAUUAGAAGAAAUUCACUAAUCACGCUGAGAAGAGACGAAAUUGCGAUCUGAAGUUUAGGCUCACCUCGAAAUGGAAAGAAGAUGUCUUAUUGGCGUCCUACUUCUAUAUUUAGCUUCGUAUUGCACAUCGAACGAAGCGUUCCUUACGACCGAUCCAGACAGCAACAAAAAUACGGAUUCAUCCUAGCAGACAACGGCUACGAUGUCUGGUUAGCCAACGUGAGGGGCACCAGAUAUUCCAGCCACCUUCACCUCAAGAAGAGCGGCCGGGAAUUUUGGGAUUUCAGCUUAGAUGAAAUGAUUAGCUACGACCUACCAGAUCAAAUAGACACCGUGUUGAACGUGACGCAGCAAGAAGCAUUGUUCUACGUCGGGUGGUCUCAAGGAACAGCGAUCAUGUUCGGGCUGCUUGCGUCGAAACCAGAGUACAACAAGAAGGUUGUACUAUUCAACGCUUUCGCACCGAUAGCAUUUAUGGGACAUUUGACAGCGAUCCUGAAAUACUUUGUUCCGUUCUCGAAUCCGCUGACGAGAUUCCUUCAAUUCCUAUUCAACGGGGCCGUUGUUGAGAAAGAAGGAGCCAUUUUUAAUAGAUUAAAAAAACUAUCUUGCGGCAGCAUUAAACAAGGUCCACUCUGCAUCACGGCAUUCUACAGCUUUAAUGGAGGGCUUCCAAUAGAGUGGAACAAGACGAGACUUCCGGUAUACCUGGCGAAUGCUCCUUCUGGAACUUCUGUACGGAACAUGAAUCAUUUUGCGCAGCUAGUCAAGUACAACCGCUUGCAAAAAUAUGACUGGGGACGUGUCAGAAACAUCGCUAAGUACGGAAAGCCAUGGCCGCCGGCAUACGACUUAAGCAGUGUCAAAGCCAGAGUGGCACUCUACUGGAGUGACCGCGACGUGCUGGCAACACCAAGGGAUGUACGGGACCUUUCUAACAAGCUGCCCAAUGUGGUCCUCAAUUACCAAGUGCCCGUCAGUGGCUUCACGCACAUGGACUUUGCAUGGAGCAUCAAAGCAAAAGACCACCUCUACAAGAAAGUGCUCGAGAUGAUGUCAGUGUACUCUCCGACUCGACAAAAGGUGCCAUUGCCGAAGGAAGCACCAGAGCUCCCGCAGUAGGUCAUCGACGCUGCCAAAGUGAUAUUGUAUUUCUUUUCUUUCUCUUUUUUAAUUUGCUAUUUAUUACAAAAAUAAUGCGCACUCCAUGUGGAAUGUUUAUUAGCGCGCAACCAGCAGCAAACUUACCCAGGUAAACCACCACCGCUGAGCUCAAGCUAAGACUCUCUGCGAGGCAGAAAAGUAUGUCAGAAAUAAAGACUGCCUGCGGAAGAAAGCAGCUUGUUAGUCUAUCCACAAAGCACAUUUGUACCGAUAGCUAAUAAAAUUAUAUGAUCUUCUUAAUUUUUGAGCAA